CUCUGAUUGGAUUACGGGAGGGUUUAGUGAGUGAGUGAGAGGAGAAGCAGAGGAAACGAUCGUUGUGACAGUUGCUAUCAAGUAAAGACAGUAAAAACCGUAACGUGCAGCGAGAGUUUACCGAGGUAGACAUUUUUUUGUUAGUACGUUAAAAGGAAUCUUGAAUCGAUAUAAAUUUUGCUCUGAAUUUAAAUACGGUUAAUAUGGAUGGGCGGGUGAUGUUUAAUUAAAUUCCGGUAGAAAAAGAGCAAGAACACGGGUGACGCUAAAUGGGUGCCAGAAGAAAUUUAGACCUGGCUGCCUACCAAGCAAUUAUAUCAGGGGAUCUGAUAAGUUUUAUCGCAUUUUGUAAAAGGGAAGCCGUUUAAGACGGACUGGGGAGGUCGCAGGCUGGGCAAAGGCGUGUAUUUGCGGCGCCCCUCUGCCCCCUGUCCGUCAAAACAAUGAGGACGCUAUUUCUAUUCUGUUUUCUCUUCUUGAUGAAGAGAGGAGCAGACUGUUCGAAGGCGGUCCGGUCCCUGACAGACAUCAACACGAACGUGACGGCCGACAGCAGCAGAAGGUAUAUACAAAUCGGGGACGGGACCUCCCAGGAAUUUGAGUUUCCCGAAAACACUAAGGGCGUGAUUGUAAUCUUCAGUCAAUACCGGAGCACAGCAAGUAGGAAGGACCGCGAGAGCUGGAAGCAGACGGUCAAGGUACGCUCCCUGGACCCGGAGGUUCUUUCCAUUCUGAAUGUAAGCGACAGUGGGCAUACGGGGCCCUGGAAGAGUUACAUAAUCAGCAUACGGUCUGGGUGGCCAGGUCGGGCACAGCUGCUCAUUCAGCUACUGGACUUGUACCAGGAUUCUGGUUCGGCUGUAAUUGAGGAAAGGACAGACUACUCCAUCAGGGUGGCUCCUGGCAGUGAUGACCCAGCCGCCCAGCUUAUACAGUCGGGCGGGCUGUCCCAUUUCUCUGAGAACCCUGUCCUAUUUGCCUUGCUGCCACUCAUCUUCAUCAACAAGUGUGCUUUUGGGUGCAAGGUAGAGGUAGAGGUGCUGAGGGGUCUCCUGCGGAGGCCUGUGCCCCUCAUCUUAGGGGUCGCAGGUCAGUUCCUGGUCAUGCCACUGUACGCAUAUGGCCUGUCCAGGCUGGGCUCCCUGCCCAAGGCCCUUUCCCUGGGCCUGGUCAUCACAUGCUCUGCCCCAGGUGGAGGCGGAGGCUACCUCUACAGCCUGCUACUCGGUGGGGAUGUCACUCUGGCCAUCUCCAUGACACUAGUGUCCACAGUGGUAGCUGCAGCAGCCAUGCCCCUGUCCUCUGCCCUGUAUGGCAGGUUACUGGGGGUCCACGCAGCCCUCCAUGUGCCCUUUGUCAAGAUCCUGGGCACUCUUCUUUUCAUUGCCAUCCCCAUCUCCCUGGGCAUGCUGGUGAAGCUACGUCUGCCCAAGCUGACCCGCGUGCUGCUGGCACUGAUCCGUCCCUUCAGCUUCGUGCUCAUUGUGGGCGGCAUCUUCAUGGCCUAUCAGAUGGGGGCGUCUAUCCUGGCCAACGUGAGACCUCAGAUAGUGGUUGCGGGGGUGACUGUGCCCAUGUUUGGCCUGCUGCUGGGGUUUGGGAUGGGGAAGCUGGCAGGGCUGGCAGUGCCACAGAGGAAGACGGUCAGUAUUGAGGUGGGGGUGCAGAACAGUCUCCUGGCGCUGGCGGUUAUGCAGCUGUCGUUCCGGCGGGCGGAGGCUGACUUUGCGUCGCAGGCACCCUUCAUAGUGGCGCUCAGCAGCACCUCUGAGAUGCUACUCAUUGUCCUCUGCCAUUUCGCCCAUCGAAAGUUCUGUGCCCCGAGCGCUCCAACUGACACCUGAUUGUUAGCAGAGUUUCUGUUCUGAACCAAACCUGUAGAGGUCCCACAGAUUUGGCUACAAAUCACAUCGAACAAGAUGAAAACAAUCAAUGACAUUGACACUGUACAUAGGAUAGGGAAUGGACAUUUACGUUUUCUUGAAACCAAAGGCCUUUCUUUUAUGCCAUUUUUUAUUAGAUUGUACUGAUAAGUACCUAAUGUAAAUAGGCAGAAGAUAAAUACCUAUGACGGGAAAGAUAUUUUUCUAUCAGAUUUCUUUUUUGUAAUUGAAAGUAUUGAUUUGUGUCAUGUUUACAAGAGGUCAACGUGUCUUAGGAAUGGGAACGGUUUUUAAAACGGAUGGAAAAUGUGUGGUGUUUUGAAGUACUGCUACUGAUUGUUUUUUUUUCUUCUGGAAUCAUAGGUGGUUAUCUAAGAAUCCAUGUACUUGAAUUAUAAAGAGAAGACAAACAAUAAAAGCAUUCAUAAAAGGAGCCUUGAGUUUGUCCAAGUCUCUGAAGACAUCCGUGUUGCCUCCCACUAUUUUAAAACGCUCCGGCUUGUCACUGUUGCAUAGGAUCUGGUAUUCGAGACUACGUUUGUCCAAGGAGGAGCUUUAUUUUAAAAGGAAUCUUCAUACUGAGCUGUACUAAAGUAAAGAUUGUGCUGCAGCACAGCUGAGCAAUAUAGCCAGUACUUUUGUGUCUGAGAAUAUUUGCUUGUUAUAUUUGUGGACUGAUUAACAUUGGUUUCUUUGUGUGUGCCAAUGUGAGUACAUUUGCAUGUCUCUUUGCAAUGUGUCUUUGUGUGAAUAAAAAAGCAAAAAUGGCA